AUGCUGCUGGAUGCGGGGCCGCAGUUCCCCACGCUGGGAGUGGGCACGUUCGCCCGGCACCCGCCCCCGUCGGCGGCGGAGAUGCAAGAGCGCGAACUGAGCCUGCAGAACAGCUUCGUGGACUCGGCGGCGGCGGCGGCGGCGGCUCACCUGGGGGCCUUCAAGCUCAACGCGGCGGCGGCGGCGGCGGCGGCGGCUCACGAGCUCUCCCCGGGGCAAGGCUCGGCUUUCAGCUCGCAGGCGCCGGCUUACCCGCACGCCGCCCAUGUCGGCUCCUACUCCGGGCCGCCUUUCAACUCCCCGCGGGACUUCUUGUUUCGGAGCCGAGGCUUUGGGGAGCCGGCGGCGGGCGGCGGCGGGCAGCACGGGCUCUUCGGGGCGGCGGCGGCGGCGGCCGGCGGCGGCCUCCAUCACCCGCACGCGGAGCCGCAGAGCCACCUGCUCUUCCCGGGCAUCGGAGACCAGCAUGGCGCUCCCGGUGCCCCCAACGUCCUCAACGGGCAAAUGCGCUUGGGCUUACCCGGAGAAGUCUUCGGUCGGUCGGAUCAGUACCGGCAGGUGUCCAGCCCCCGAACUGACCCUUACUCGGCGGCCCAGCUGCACGGCCAAUACGGCCCCAUGAAUAUGAACAUGGGCCACCACCACCACCCCGGGGCCUUCUUCCGCUACAUGCGCCAGCAGUGCAUCAAGCAGGAGCUGAUCUGCAAGUGGAUCGACCCGGAGCAGCUCAGCAGCCCCAAAAAGAGUUGCAAUAAAACUUUCAGCACCAUGCACGAGCUGGUCACCCACGUCUCCGUCGAGCACGUCGGGGGCCCCGAGCAGAGCAACCACAUCUGCUUCUGGGAGGAGUGUCCGCGCGAAGGGAAGCCCUUCAAGGCCAAGUACAAGCUGGUCAACCACAUCCGCGUGCACACGGGCGAGAAGCCCUUCCCCUGCCCCUUCCCGGGAUGCGGCAAGGUCUUCGCCCGCUCCGAGAACCUCAAGAUCCACAAAAGGACGCACACAGGGGAGAAGCCCUUCCAGUGUGAGUUCGAAGGCUGUGACAGGCGCUUUGCCAACAGCAGCGACCGGAAGAAGCACAUGCACGUCCACACUUCGGACAAACCCUACUUGUGCAAAAUGUGUGACAAAUCUUACACCCACCCCAGCUCUCUGCGGAAACACAUGAAGGUUCAUGAAUCUUCCCCACAAGGCUCUGACUCCUCGCCUGCUGCCAGCUCUGGCUACGAAUCCUCCACCCCGCCCGGGUUGGUGUCCCCCAGCACAGAGACCCAAAGUACGGCCGCUUCCAACUUGUCUCCGGCAGCUGCUGCGGCCGCUGCUGCAGCAGGCCACAGUAGCCUCACCUCCAAUUUCAACGAGUGGUACGUCUGA